AUGGAGCCCCCGGCCGCCCCCCUCAUCCUGGGCGUGGGGGAUGAGGUGACGCUGGUGGCCGGGGUGGCCGUGCUGGUGCUGGCGCUGGUGCUGGCCUGGCUGUCCACGUACGUGGCCGAUGGCAGCAGCCAGCUCCUGGGCACCGGGGACGCCGCCGUCAUCCGCCUCGGGCCCCUCCCGCCCUACGCGGGGCCCGCGGGGGCGGCCGAGGCACCGGAGCCCCCCAGGGCCCCCGAGAACGCGGAGGAGAAGACAGAGGAGGAAGGGGGGGCGGCGGCGGCACGGGGGGACAGCGGGACCCCCCCCGAUCCCGGCCCGGAGCAGCUCCUGGACGCCCGGAGCUUGUCCCAAAGCCCGGCUGAGCCCGGUGCCCCCGGGGAGGGGGACGUGUGUCCCGGCCUCAUCAAGAUCCGCCUCAAGUUCCUCAACGACACCGAGGAGGUGGCGGUGGCCCGGCCCGAGGACACCGUGGGGAUCCUCAAGAGCAAAUGCUUCCCGGGCCAGGAGAGUCAGAUGAAGCUCAUCUACCGCGGGCAGCUGCUGCAGGACCAGGCGCGGACGCUGCGCUCGCUCCGCAUCACCGACAACUGUGUCAUCCAUUGCCACCGCUCCCGGGGGGCCACCGCGGCCACCCCCGCCCUGCCCGAGCCCGGCCCCGCCGGUCCCACGGCCCCGGGGCUGCCCCUGGGCGGGGGGACGCUCAUGGUGCCCACGGUCAUGGUGGUGCUGGCACUGGGUUGGUAUUUCCGCAUCAACUACCGGCAGCUCUUCACGGCCCCGGCCACCGUGUCCCUGAUCGGUGUCACCGUCCUGGUCACCUUCCUGGCCUUCGGGGUGUACGGACAGGCGGGAUGAGGCGGCAAGGAGCUGGGGAGGCACCUCGGUGUCCCCGUCCUCGGUCUCCCCGUCCUCACGCUGCGACCGGAGCCACCUCGCACGUCCCAGCCUUGCUGCCGGACUUUACCCCCCAAAAAGGGGCUGAGCCCCCCUCCCCAAAAUCUAUUCCCCAUCCUUCAGCCCCAAUCCCAGCUCCGGGGGAGUGGGACAGCACUGGAACGGGCCGUGGCUUCUUCCCAAGCCCCAAAAAAGGACUUUUUAAAGCAAAUAAAAGGUGUCAAGUCACCCCA